AGGUAGGAAUCCUUCACAUUUACAACGGGGAGCCUGCGGCAUAUUGGAGGCGACUUCAGAGCAGUCUGAAAUUAUCAAAAAACCUCUCUGACUUCUGCUGUCAGUUAGCGAUUCGUUUCGGGCAGUCAGCUUUGGCACGGAGAGCAAGCAUAGAGGAAUAUCCAAAGCAGCAACUUCAAAGUGCGCAACGGUAAAAAAAAAAAAAGAAAAGAAAAAAAAAAGAAAGAAAAGGAAGAAAAAAAAGUCGCCUACAAGAUUUAAGCAAGAUAGUGAACGGGUCUCGACGCGAUGGGAUUUGAGUUGAAGAAAACGUAAACCAGCACCUUCGCCAAGCAACAUAAUUCACUUCUGCUGAAGGUUAACUGGAAACUUGAAAGGCGUCGCGGCUCUCGGGGAUGUUGUGAAGAAGCCGCUACCCGGGCAGUGAGGAGAGCGGCUGAUGUGCGGCGGGGGGGAUUAUGGCUCUCGCUACGUUCUCGCUCAGCCUCGUAACGCUCGCGCUCACUAAUUUGCAGCUGUCGCGAGCCAACAACCGGCACGCGGUGUACUGGAACAGCUCCAACAUACAUUUACGGAGGGAGGGUUACACGGUGCAGGUCAGCGUCAACGACUACCUUGACAUCUACUGCCCGCACUACAACACCAGCCAGCGUGGCACGCUAGAGCGCACCGUGGCGGAGCAGUACGUCCUCUACAUGGUCAGUUACCGCGGCUACCGCGCCUGUGACCCUCAGCUGGGCUUCAAGCGCUGGGAGUGCAACCGGCCCCACGCGCCCCACGCGCCCAUCAAGUUCUCCGAGAAGUUCCAGCGCUACAGCGCCUUCUCCCUGGGCUACGAGUUCAACGUGGGCCAUGAGUACUACUACAUCUCCACGCCCACCCACCAUCACGGCCAUAACUGCCUGAGACUGAGGGUCUACGUCUGCUGCUCAACUGUCUCCCACACAGACGAUGACUCCAGUCAGACCCCUCCCGACUACACAGUCAGGCCAAACAUCAAAAUACACGACAUUGAUGAAUUUAACCCCGAGGUUACUAAGCUGGAGAAAAGCGUCAGCGGCAGCAGCCCAUCACGCGACCGCCUUCUUCUCACCAUGGCGAUGCUGCUCAUCUCUGCCACCUUGUUGUCCUAG